AAUAUUACUUUCUAUGUCAGGUGUGUUGGCAUUACCUGCUAUAUACUUUUAAAUAAAAUAUAUUCCACUUAGUUUGUACACAGCGCGACUAGUCUCAGUUACCUAAUAGAGGAUAGAGUUAAUAUUCUCCAGGUACAGUUGUCGGUCUUGUUUGAAGCUCUACUAGUGCGAUAUUGGAGUUAUUUGAGGUGAUAUCCUACGUUUGUGUCGUAGGAUUGCUGACGAGUGGCGCUCCAGCGGAUUUCAACGCAACUAAAAAACGACGCUUGCGUGAAGAGCGACGCUCCAACCGCGCCCGAUGGACGCCAGUACGCUUGCAGCCAUGGACAAAGACGCUCUGAAGAAGCAGAUCGAAAAUAUGAAGUAUCAAGCUUCUAUGGAACGCUGGCCAUUAUCCAAAUCUAUAGCCGCUAUGCGGGAAUACGUGGAAGAGAACGAGAAAAACGACCCCCUCAUCCAUGCACCUGACAAAAAGAACAACCCCUGGGCAGAAAAAGGAAAAUGCACCAUUAUGUAGAAUUUCAUCCAGAUCCUUAUAAGUUUCAUCAUUCUGAGUUUACCGAUAUUUCUCGUACUUUGUUCAAAUGUGAAAAACUUGAAAAUUGAAGACGUUUCAUCUAUGAUUCGUUCGUUGAAGAUAUUUCAUUUAGACGUUAAAAAUAUCGAAUUAUGAACAGAUACGAUAUUAUCACAAACUCCAUAUUCCAAAUCUCUCGUUGUUAAAAUAAGUAUGUUAAUCAACAUCAGUUGAGAAUUCGUUAAGAUUGAAAUUGGAUUUUUUAAAUUGUCAAUUGUAGUUUCGAAACAAUACAAACAGGACUUUGAACAAGGGUUUGAAAAAAACUAGGUUAAUAUAAAUAUGUCGAGUUUUUAUAUGAACUAAAAUAAGUCAAGUGUUGAAAUAUUCUUUGUUGUUUAAUUUUCAUAAUUUAUUGUCAGUUCUAGUCAGAUGUCGAAUAGUUAGGUUUAAAUUGAUCUUGAAAUUAUGGGAAUAUGUGAGUUCGAAAAAAAUUUCGACAUUAUCGAAAAAUGAGCAACUUCCGACCACCAUCAAAUAUCGAUAUCAACAUCAUGUUGAAAUAAAUUUUCGAAUUUGCGUAUUUUAUCAUAAGACAAAGAAACUUCUAUGAUGUCGAAAAUUUACUUUAUAAGAUGCUCUUCCAGUGCAACAAAAACACGUUCCUUGAACAUCAAGAAAAUUCGGUGAAUGUACACCGAAGUUGUACAGGUAUAUUCUUAGGACUUCUACGUAUAACUUUGACUCAGUAAGAGAGAUAGAUGACUGUGGUAAAAAAAACGAUUUGGACUCAACAUUUAUCUUCCAGAAAUAAUACAAAAUGCUUCGACAUUUAAGAAUAUGGCUUUCUAAUUCUUCCCGAAUAUUUAUAUUAGUCGGAGUAAAAUGAAUAUCUCAAUAAAGACAAAUAAAUCGAUUAAAACUAUUUCAAUAAUCUUCACUGAGGUACUUACUUACUGUAAUGAGUAUUUUAAUCAAUCUAUAUCUAUUGAAAAUACCUACGUAGACUUUUGUGUAAGUGAAAUAACGAUAAUCACAUACUUACUUAAGAUUUAGGUUAGAUUUUAGAUUCCUAUGAAAAUAACUUGGCCGAUCAAAGUCAUUUUCGAUAAUCAUAUACCAUACCUGAAGUGUAAUUCAAUAUGACCAUGCUGUUCGACCAUCACAUUAAUUCUUAAUAUUUACGUAGAUUAUAUGAGUAUUGUAUCCAUAUUAUUUAUAAUUAAAUAUACUUUAUCCAUUGUGGUAAUCUAUUAAUAUAUACUUACUGAAGAAAUUA